AUGCAAUUGGAAUAUUAUCCCCCAAUUAUCAAAGAAGGAGUGAAGGUGGUUCGACUGAAUCAAAUUGAAGUAAAGGAGCAAACUCAGAAAUGGCAGGCAUCGCUAAUUGGGUAUGUAUUGGGAGGAAAUCCAUCGUUUAAAGACAUGCUUAAGUUUGUGUAUGGUGUGUGGAGUUUGGUAGCAACUCCACAAGUAUUUCUUCAUGAUGAUGGAUAUUUUGUUUUCAAAUUUGAAUUUGAAGAUGACAAGAAGCUAGUUAUACAGAAGGAACCAUAUACCUUUAAUAAUCGACCAAUGAUAUUGAAGCAAUGGGAACCUAAAUUUCAAAUGAGUAAGGAGAAAACAAGAAAUAUCCCAAUUUGGGUGAUAUUCCCAGGGCUACCAGUGGAGUAUUGGACAAAGGAAAAUUUAGGGCGAAUAGCAAGUUGUAUUGGGAAACCUAUAUGCUCUAAUAGGUUAACUGCAGAAGGUAAAAGAAUUUCUUAUGCUAGGAUGUUGACUGAAAUGGAUAUAUCACAGGAGUUGCCAAAUGUACUGUUAAUUGAGGAGGCAGAGGGUAUACACAGGGAACAAGAUUUAGAGUAUGAAUGGAGACCAGAUUUUUGUGAAGUUUGCUUCCAAAUAGGCAAACAUGAAGUCAAUUGUGAAAACGCCCCAAUCAAGAAGCAAAAAUACAGAGAGGAGAAACAGGAUAGACAAGCUGGAAUGAAGCAACAAAAGAAGAUGCAAUGGAAAGUAAAAGCUACAGUGGAUCAAGGAGGAACAACAGAGGUGCAGGAAAAAGCAAUAUCAAAGGAUAAGGAGAUGAAUGAUCAGGGUAAGGAACAAAAAGAAAAUCAGAACAUUGAAGCUCAAGAGGAGAAUUUUCAGUCACAGCAAAGAUCUAAAGGAAAGCAAAAGAUGAAGGUAAACGACAAAAAAGUACUGAGUGGACAUGAGAUAGAAAAGUUGUUAAUGACCAACAGAUACAGUACAUUGAGAAUACAAGAAGCUAGCAGCAUUGAAAGAAUGACUGAAGGGAUUGACCUCAUUGAGGAAAAUCCCCCAUGA